CUCAUAUUGAUAAGAGAUGUGUUCCACUGAUUCUCUACCUGUCUUGAAGUGUGUUUGAGUGGCGCUGCUGGAUGGGACCAUGGGGCACUCUUUGCCCGGUGUGCUGUCGUUAUUCUUGCUGAAUACACUCCUCUCCUGUGGACACACUGAAUAUGCUGAGCUGACCUUUGAACCCAACUCAACCACUCUAUAUUCUGGGGAGCACGUUAAUUUCACGUGUCACAUGAGAGAAGCAAAUGUCAGUGAGUGGUAUUAUGAAUUCAAGUGGAACGACAAACCACUCGUCUCCAUCCCUUCAACUAACGUCCUCAGGAUUCCAGAGCUAACGCCAGACAGGAACGGGGAUUAUCAGUGCAUUGCUCACCAUAACAGCUCAGAAGAGAACAAAUGGAGCAAUAGGGCCACUCUUUCUGUAUCAGCACACAAACCCAGAGCCACAGUGAGAGCAUCCAGGACGUCCAUACCAGUGGCCGGCACUCUGACUCUGACCUGUUCUGUUGAGGAGUCUGCGGGUUGGAGCUACGACUGGUUCACAUGUUCCCCAGACGAUGAUGAAACCGCCAUCCCAACAAAUCAUGUGCAAAACUCUAUCAGCAUCUCACACGGAGGCAUCUACUGGUGCAGGGGAAGAAGGACUAACUCAGAUUUCUUCUCAGAGAAGAGUCACGUGCAUCACAUCGACAAAACCUUGUCCAACAGAAGCUUUGUCAUGCUGCAACACAACUGGACUCAGAUAUUCAGCGGUGAGAUGAUCUCUGUCAGGUGUGAGAUCCAGGGAGGAGGAGACACCCAGUGGGAAUAUGAAUGGAGGACAACAAGCUCCCACCAACCAGUCACUGGUACAAACACAGCUCCCACACACAGUGAAUACAGGCUGGGCACUGCCUCUGUUUUCCACAGUGGAGAGUACUGGUGUAAGGCCAGAGCGGACUUGUAUUCCUCAACAGAGUGGAGUGACGCCUUCCAGCUGAGAGUAACACCAAAUAAACCCAGGCCCAGGCUGACUGCCGAUAACACAACCAUAACAGGAAAGGGAAGCAUAGCACUGAUCUGCUCUGUGGAUAACGCGGCUGAGUGGAGAUACGACUGGUUCAGAAGAACCUCAGCCUCCUCUGCAGCUCAGAUCUUAAGAUAUAAUGAAACAGAUGAUGAAAUCAGCAUCUCAGAGGAAGGCAUCUACAACUGCAGAGGAAGGAGAGGAGACACAACUUUCUUCACAGAGGACAGCAACCUAGUCACAAUAGAGAACAGCGUUUCCCACAAGGCGUCUGUGGCCCUGCAACCUGACUGGUCUCUGAUAUUCAGCGGUGAGAUGAUCACUGUCCGGUGUGAGGUCCCUGCAGAUGUACUGACUGAGUGGGAGUAUGAAUGGACCAAACCCAACUCAAAUACGGUUCCAACACACAAUGAAUACAGGAUUGUCAGUGCGUCCUCGUCCGACAGUGGAAGCUACAGGUGUUUGGCUAAAGACAAGAAGAACUUGAAUUCCACAACCGAGUGGAGCGAUGACGUCACAUUAACAGUUUCUGAAAGACCAGCGGCUGUCCUGAGUGCUGACCACAGAGCCUUUCCAGUAGGGGGCAGUGUGCUCCUGACCUGCUCCGUGGGCCCAUCAUCACCUGGCUGGAAUUAUUAUUGGUACAGAGGUGAGAGAACCUCGGAGUCCCUGACGGAUGAGGAUUUCAAGUCAAAUGGACAAAGUGCUAGUGCCUCACGUGAAGGACUGUACUGGUGCAGAGGAGGAAGAGGAGAUCCAGUUUACUACACAGAGUACAGUAACUCAGUCAGUAUUCAUGAAAUUGUCCACAACAGAGCUGCUGUGACUCUUCAAUCCAACUGGCCGAACAGAUACAGCGGAGAAACCGUCACACUUAGGUGUGAGAUCCAGGGAGGAGACUCUGAGUGGGAGUAUGAAUGGACAGCAACCAGCUCACAUACACCUCCCAACACAAAUGAAUUCAGGAUUAGUCUGGGGUCACAUUUGAGCGGCAGUUACUGGUGUCAGGGCCGACUGAAAGGUGCACGGCAUAAUUCAACAGGAUGGAGUGUUCCCCUCACGUUGUCUAACGUUUCAGCGGCUGCACCACAACCUGUCUUCACUGUGUCUCCGUCAUGGCUGACUCCUGGAGCCUCAGUGACUCUCAUCUGUGGGGUUCAACAUCCGACUGCAGGAUGGAGGUUCUACUGGUACAGAGUUGACCUGAGUAGUUCGUAUCAAGUCCCCGGCCGUAUCAAGUCCCCAGAUGUUCAACAUAGAGUGAAAUCUCGAUAUAGGGGAUCUCACUCUAUGUUGAAAUUUAGAUAUCCGGGAGCUAUUGGAUUUAUGCACAGACGUAAGAGAUCUAUGCACAUUCCUGACGAGUACCGUUAUGAGCUGCUCCCAGGAAGCAACGGAGGGACUGAACAAAACUCCUCCGUCAUCCAAGGCCAGACGAAGUCAGCAGGUUAUGCAUGUCGAGCUGGAAGAGGAGACCCCGUGUUUUACACUGAGUACAGUAAACCAAAGUGGGUCUGGUCUGGAGAUUCCUAUUCGUCAGUGUCUCUCACAGUGAGUCCGGACAGAGUGCAGCACUACUUUGGUGACAAGAUCCGUCUGACCUGCGAGGGAAACUCUGAUAAACAGAGAUUGUGGAGGUUUUCUAGAGACGAAGUAGGAUUGUUAAAGUACAGCUCUCAGGAGACAACCUCAAGGUCCACAUGGUCCAUGGAAAGUCUUCCUCAUGGAGUUUUCUGGUGUGAAUCUGGAUCAGAGCUCAGCAACGCAGUCAACAUCACUUCAGAUUCACGUCGUGUUAUCCUGGAGAGCCCUGUCCAUCCUGUGACUGGGGGACAGUCCGUUACUCUCAACUGCUCAUCGUUCAGAAGAAACCUCUAUUCCAGCUUCUCUUUCUACAAAAAUGGUGAACUCCUCCGAAGUGAUGUCAGAGGGAAACUGGAAAUCUCAGCUGUGUCAAAGUCAGAUGAAGGUUUCUACAAGUGUGGAUAUUCAGGAGACUUCUCAGAGGAGAGUUGGAUGUCAGUAAAAUAUUCAGAUCGUGUUAUCCUGGAGAGCCCUGUCCAUCCUGUGACUGGGGGACAGUGUGUUACUCUCGGCUGCUCAUGGUUUGGAAGAACACACCUCAAUUCCAGCUUCUCUUUCUACAAAAAUGGUGAACUCCUCCAAAGUGAUGUCACAGGGAAACUGGAAAUCUCAGCUGUGUCAAAGUCAGAUGAAGGUUUCUACAAGUGUGGAUAUUCAGGAUACUUCUCACCGGAGAGUUGGAUGUCAGUAAAAUAUUCAGAUCGUGUUAUCCUGGAGAGCCCUGUCCAUCCUGUGACUGGGGGACAGUCCGUUACUCUCGGCUGCUCAUGGUUUGGAAGAACACACCUCAAUUUCAGCUUCUCUUUCUACAAAAAUGGUGAACUCCUCCGAAGUGAUGUCACAGGGAAACUGGAAAUCUCAGCUGUGUCAAAGUCAGAUGAAGGUUUCUACAAGUGUGGAUAUUCAGGAUACUUCUCACCGGAGAGUUGGAUGUCAGUAAAAUCACCUCCCUCUACGUCUCCUGUGCCGCUGCUCAUUGGGCUGGUUGGUGGCAUCACACUGAUUCUCUUACUCUCGCUGCUACUGUUGUGUUGGUACAGGAAUUCAAAGAAUCUGUGUUGUGACAGGCUCAGCCAGUCUCUGAGAACCAAUCAGAGCUCAGACCUAACUGUCCACCACGACGAAAACCAACUGCAAGUGUAUUCGUCUCUUCUCCACGGUGACAACUGCAUCUAUGAAUCAAUCAGAGGAGACAGGGAGGAAGGAACUCAAGGUGAUCCAGAGGAGGGCUCUGACUACGUUAAUGAAAAUCCACAUUCAGCUUCAGAUCUGUGUUGUGACAGGCUCAGCCAGUCUCUGAGAACCAAUCAGAGCUCAGACCCAACUGUCCACCAUCAUGAAAACCAACUGCAAGUGUCCUCGUCUCUGCUCCACGGUGACAACUGCAUCUAUGAAUCAAUCAGAGGAGACACGGAGGAAGGAACUCAAGGUGAUCCAGAGGAGGGCUCUGACUACGUUAAUGAAAAUCCACAUUCAGCUUCAGGACCACUAUGAAUGGUGCAUCCUCGAGAAAACAAGAACAUGAAAAUCAACAUUCAUCCUUAAACACCUUCACAUAUUAGACUCACCAGUUUUGUAACAGCUCCUUGGAAAGAACGACAUGAUCUGGAUUGAAUUUCAGUAUAAAUGAAAAAAGAAAUGCUGUGAUAUUUGCUUUAGUGUUUACGUUCAAUAUUUCAAUUGGCUGAUAUGGGCCUUUUAAGAUAUGCGCCGAUAUGAAAAGGUUUAUUUUACAGGAUAAACAAUGUGCAUUAUGAUUAUAUUUUACAUUGAACAUUUUUUUAUCUUAAUUCAAGUUCUAUAUAUUCUGUCGUAUUUGUGUUUUCUUUCAAUUUAUCUUUAUUUCUUUAAAAAAUAUUGUUUUACUUAAGCUUUAUUGCCAAUUUUAUAUAUAAGUGAUAGUUUUUUGCUCCUUGAUAUCGGUAUCGGCAUUGGCCCCUAAAAAAAGCUUAUUCUGUAUAUUUUUGCCGCAGUCAUGCAACAAAAGUUUGAAUGCAACCUGUGAUGUUUUCCAUUCGUACGUAUAUAUAUGUCUUUGUUAUUAUUCACCAAUGACUCAAUAGAGGACGAUGUCAGAAAGGACAUCGUCUGGCUGUGUGUUAUGUUCCAUAUACAGUCUGUGGUUAUGUGUGAUUAUUUCCAUGGCUCGUAAUUCUCUGUUUGAUGAAUACACUCGUCUGCAGACAGUUUAGCUUUUUGUUUUGAAAUGUGAUGAACUGUAACAGAUAAUAAUUCAAAUACAUAAUUGAAUGUGUUCUUUCUUUUAUCUUUAUUAAACUGUGAAAUCCCA